AAACCAAACAAAAUGCUGCCUUUCCUUUGUAGGACAUGUCCCUACCGUCCCUGUUCUCCCAAUAAAAACAAAAACAAAAAACGAAAAAAAAAAUCUGAAAAUAGAAAUUGAGAAAAAGCAAAAAGAGGGAGGAGAGAGAAAGAGAAAUGCUGGCGAGGGAAUCGAGCAGUUCGAACUUCGAUCUUCCCGAGGAAGUGCUGCGAGUUCUGCCGCCCGAUCCUUUCGAGCAGCUCGAUGUGGCCCGCAAGAUCACCUCCAUUGCCCUCGCGACACGUGUCUCCUCCCUCGAGUCCGAGACCGACGCUCUUCGCGCCCAGCUCGCCGACAAGGACCACCUCGUCGCCGACCUCCAGGCCCAGGUCCAGUCCCUCGACGCCUCUCUCUCCGACACCGCCGACAAGCUCGCCCUCGCUGAGAGGGAAAAGGAGGAGUUGUUGAAGGAGAAGAGCUACCUGUCCAAUACUGUGAGGAAGCUCAACAGAGAUGUCUCCAAGUUGGAGGUGUUCAGAAAGACGCUUAUGCGUUCGCUGCAGGAGGAGGACGAGAGUGGAGCUUCGGAAGUGGUUGCUAAGGCGGAGGAGCAGACCGGAGAGAGCUUAUCCUCUCAAUCGCAGACUGGACCUGCAGAACAUGAUGCCACAUUCCCACCUUCGAGAACAUCUUCAAUCCAGAGCCAGAGCCAAUUCGCUGAAACAGGAAGCACAUAUACUGAGGAUCGUGACACAAAUGCAUCGAGGGCUCCACGCAUAUCACCGGGGCUCCUAUUAGCAUCCCAAACCAGCACACCGCGGCUUACUCCCCCUGGUUCUCCUCCUAUCUAUUCGGCAUCCACAUCCCCAACUAGGACAUCAAAGCCGGUGUCCCCAAGGCGGCAUUCCAUGUCAUUUGCUACCUCAAGAGGCAUGUUUGAUGAUAGAUCUUCGGUGCCCUCAAGCCAUCACGGCUCCAUGCCAGGCGCUGAACAUGGAAGGACCCGAGUGGAUGGGAAAGAAUUUUUCCGCCAAGUCAGGAGUCGUUUGUCUUAUGAGCAGUUUGGUGCAUUUCUGGCAAAUGUUAAGGAACUAAAUGCCCACAAGCAAACAAAAGAGGAGACUCUGCAUAAAGCUGAUGAGAUAUUUGGCCCAGAUAAUAAGGAUCUGUAUGCCAUAUUUGAAGGAUUGAUCAGUCGUAAUGUCCAUUGACUUUUCGUGGCAAUUGAAGUCUGUAAACGUCAGUUUCACUACUUCCAUCUGUUUUCGAUGUAAAUUAAAUAUGUCUCUACUAAACCAAUUCUUUGAACUCCUGUAACUGUAUGAGUAGUAAAAUUGCGAGAAUGUUGGCAAA